AAAGUCGGCCCGCGUCCCCGCCGCCCUCGGCUGCGUCUGGGCGCCGAGGCUCGCCUCACAGCCGCAGCGGCCCCGCGAGGAGGAGGAGCCGCCUUCGCCGCAUCAAAGAGACCGAAUUCCCGCGGCCUGGGGGGGAGUCAUGCUUGGCGGUCUGUAAUGUCAGCAGAACAGGAGAAGGAUCCUAUUUCGCUGAAGAGAGUUCGAGGUGGUGAUAGUGGACUGGAUGGGUUAGGAGGACCAGGUGUGCAACUAGGAAGCCCAGAUAAGAAAAAACGAAAGGCAAAUACACAGGGACCUUCUUUUCCUCCAUUAUCUGAGUAUGCUCCACCACCGAAUCCAAAUUCUGACCAUCUAGUGGCUGCUAAUCCAUUUGAUGACAACUAUAAUACUAUUUCCUAUAAACCACUACCUUCAUCAAAUCCAUAUCUUGGCCCUGGUUAUCCUGGCUUUGGAGGCUAUAGCACAUUCAGAAUGCCACCUCACGUUCCCCCAAGAAUGUCUUCCCCAUAUUGUGGACCUUAUUCGCUCAGGAAUCAGCCACACCCAUUUCCUCAGAAUCCUUUGGGCAUGGGUUUUAAUCGACCUCAUGCUUUUAACUUUGGGCCACAUGAUAAUUCAAGUUUUGGAAAUCCAUCUUAUAAUAAUGUACUAAAUCAGAAUAUUAACAUGCCUAAUCAACAUUUUAGACAAAAUCCUGCUGAAAACUUUAAUCAGAUUCCUCCACAGAAUACUAGCCAAGUAUCUAACCCUGAUUUGGCAUCUAAUUUUGUCCCUGGAAAUAAUUCAAGUUUUACUUCUCCAUUAGAAUCUAAUCAUUCUUUUAUUCCACCUCCAAACACUUUUGGUCAAGCAAAAGCACCACCUCCGAAACAAGACUUUAGUCAAGGAGCAACUAAAAACACUAAUCAAAAUUCAUCUGCUCAUCCACCUCACUUAAAUAUGGAGGAUACAGUGAAUCAGAGCAAUAUUGAAUUAAAAAAUGUUAAUCGAAACAAUGCAGUAAAUCAGGAGAACAGUCGUUCAAGUAGCACUGAAGCUACAAACAACAGCCAUGCAAAUGGGACACAGAACAAGCCACGACAACCUAGAGGUGCAACAGAUGCCUGCACCACUGAAAAAAGCAAUAAAUCAUCUCUCCACCCAAGCCGUCACGGCCAUUCGUCUUCUGACCCAGUGUAUCCUUGUGGAAUUUGUACAAAUGAAGUGAAUGAUGAUCAGGAUGCCAUCUUAUGUGAGGCCUCUUGUCAGAAAUGGUUUCACCGGAUCUGUACUGGAAUGACUGAAACAGCUUAUGGCCUACUAACAGCAGAAGCAUCAGCAGUAUGGGGCUGUGAUACCUGUAUGGCUGAUAAAGAUGUCCAAUUAAUGCGCACUAGAGAAACUUUUGGUCCACCUGCAGUGGGCAGUGAUGCUUAAUCACAAGCAUUAACUAAAGUGGGGUUUUCCCUCUGUAUUACAGAGCUUUGGUGACACAGGAUUUUAAUGUUUUACGUUAUUUUUUUAAAUACACACAGAAAACAUUUACCUUUUAGUUUUUAUUAAUAUUUCACUUCAUUACUAAUACAACUUUGUAUUGUCUUUGUUUGCUCUCUUAAAUGAGGAUAAUGUAUGUGGGGUACUUUAGAAACAAAUAAAUGUUAGUAGUUAUUUAUCAUAAACAUAAAAGCCUCUUGAAGCUUCAAAAUAAUAUAACAAAUCUAGGCAAGUUUUAACUUUUAAAAUGUGUAUUUCAGUGGUGAAUUUUGGCUGUAUCACAUUAAACAUUUAAUUAAAAAGUUUCUGAAGGAUCCAUUUAAAUAUUUCCAAACAUAAUAUGUGGAGAUAUAACAUGGGGGAAAGCAUACAUUUUAAUGGAUUUAUUUUAAAUAAGAAGAGUAUGGCACCAGAUUCCUCCUCUACUAGGGUCUUUGAAAUAAGUGAAUUUCAUACUUUAAAAUUAGUCUUUCCAGGAUAUGUAUACAGAUAUGAGACAGAGACAGAUUUUAGCAUAUAGAUUCUCAGCAUUUGUUUAUUAACUUGUGGAUUGUAUCACAUGAAAUUGCUAAUAUUAGAUCAGUUGAAAAUUGACCGCACUUAGUAAAGUUGUCAUAAAGUAUGUUUCCAAUAUUACUAUUUAGAAUUAUGAUAGUAUUUUGGUCUUAAUUUUCUUUGGUUAUUGAGUUGUUUUGUUAUUGUUGUCCAGAGAAAUAAAUAAUAUGAUGUCCUCCGAAGAAUUGUGAACACUUUCUUUUUUAUGAUUUAAACUUGGACAUAUUGCAAAUGAAGAAGGUAGAAACACCGGUUUGGCUUUAGAGGACACUGCUGGCAAAAGAACUAACUACUUAGUUUGAAAAUUCUUGUUCUGGGGAUCUGAAUUUCCAAUAUGUACCUCAGGGAAGAUCAAAAUCCAUUUAAAUAAAGACCAAUUAAGAGCUUAGGUGAAAGCUAACUUACAAACAAUCAGUAAUUUGAGGCCUUGCUGAAGGCUAAGGAGUUUUUGCUGUGACUGGGUAAUGUGUAAAAAUGGAACCGAGAGUGUACUCUAGAGAGAGAAAGAACAGUUACAGUUGAAGGUAUGCUCACUCAGACUCAAAUAGAAAACAAAACAAAACAUGUUGAGAGCAGAUCAUAACUGGUGACCAAAUAAAUAAAAAGAUACAGUAUGACAAUUGAUAGUAAUUUAUACAAUGAUUGAAUGUUGAUGAAACUCUAAUAAUUCACCACCAUUAUCAUUGCCACCAAAAAAGUUUGGAAGACAAUGGUGAUCCUUGAAGGAGAUAAUUACUACAAUUUGAACCUGGGGAAGCAAUGACAGCAGCAGCAUGUUGCCAAGAAAUCUGAAUUAUGUAUGAAAAUUUUGAUUUAACAACAUCCUUUGGUUAACAAACAUAAACCCUCAUUUCUACAUGACAGGACUUUACAUGUCGCAAGUCACUAACACAAAUUGACUUGGGUGGUGAAAUUUUGUCAUUAUCUAUCAUAGUUCCUGGACCUUCAAUGGAUUACCAUCUUUUUCAUCAUUUGGAGCUUUUUCUAAGAAACAACAUGUUCCCCAACUGAGAAUCAGUAACUAGAGUAUUUGAACAAUAUAUACAUCCUAAGAAAAUGAUGAAUUCUAUAAAAAUGGAGAAAACUAAUGCUAAUGUUUCUGAUACAUAUCUUAUGGAAUAAAACUUAACUUUUAAAAAUAGUGUUUUACUUUUGACCCACAAAACAGCAAUUUCAUAUGGUACAGGUAAUAGUUUUCUCCUUCUACCCUCAACUAGUUAGAGGUGAGUACAAAAUAUUUUCAGAGUUGUAUAUCUUCACAAUUUUAGGAAAUGAAAUGAGAUAAACUCUAAUACUAGGUGUUCUUUUGUGUGAAAACUUUACCAAUUGAAGCAGGUCAAAAUGCAUUGUUUUGGGCUGACUUUGGCAUUUUGAUGAUGCUCAGUACAUACCUGAAGAUUCCAUUUUGCUUACUUUGUAGUUUUGUUAAAGAGAGAUAAUUUUCUAAACAUUGAAGGACCUAGUUUUGUUUUUCCUGAAAUUUUCUUGAGUAAUGAUUUUUAAGAAAUGAUAGAGUACAUGCUAUAUCACCACUUCUAGCAUCAGAUCAUGACUUUUUUUUGACUGAGUUGAACUAGAUAUAUAUUUUUAAUGGAACCUUCCAAUGCCCUCAGGAUUUAACACUUGAUGUGGCAGUGUGUACUUGAGUUGUGCUCAUUGCUAAAUUUUUUAAAAAAUAUUCUUUUAGUUGUAGAUGAACACAAUACCUUUACUUUAUUUAGGCGCUAGGCUAGUGCUCUACCACUGAGCCCCUCAUUGCUAAAAUUGAGUAUGCAGUUUCUUAAAACGUUCGUUGCUUACACUUUAAGUAGUUACCUGUUUUUGUAAAAGUGAAAUAAGUGGUUUUUAAAAAACCAUAUAAACAAAUAAAUUUUUAUUCAAGUGUUUAGGUUUUCAAAACACCUUACUCUAAGAAUCUAAUGGUUCUAAAGGAAAACCUAUGAUUGAUUCUGACAUAAAUCAACCAAACUAUAAUCAUUGCUGAUGAAUAUUUUCAUGUGUUUGAAUUAAUUUUUUACUAAUUCUACAUUUGUCUCUACAACACUCUAAAAUUAUAUAGAUGGUAGGUGCUUUGGGGUAGGAAAAAUGAUGAAUUAUGAAGAUGGCCAGAAAAUUUGUCCAAUUUGUCACAAAAAAGUCCGUUAAACAAACUGAUACUAUUUUCUUAGGAAAAGUGUUGAGCUUCUCUCAACUACAGAAAUAUGCAGUGAUGGAUAUAGAUGGUGGAAUUGUAUCUUUCGAGGUAUUAUCCCUUUCCUUCCCUGAAAAGCCUCAUCUCAUGCAUUCAUAUACAAGGACACACAACCAAGUAGGAUUAGAAUUUCUCCUACAUUCUCAAGUUUCACUAAAGUUCAAAAUGGCUAAAUAUUAGCAUCUAGGCUCACUCACCAAUGCCAAGUUACUAAUGAAAAGUUUUCAAGCAUCAGUUUUUUUCUUAGGACUUGCUUUGCUCAUUCAUGAUUCCUGGUCAACUUGCUUCUAGAUGUUACUGGACACACUAAUACUGAAACAGCUUAGUUUAUAAUAGAAAAUUAAUUGUUCUUCAGGUAGAGUACUUAGAAUUAGAUUUGUGAUCAGUGAUUUCCUUUUGAGUAAAAUGCUUUAGAGUACUGCUGUUAUGAUUCUUGUUACCCAAAUUAGAAGGUUAUAUACAUGAAACUGAAGAUUUUCUUGUACUAGUUCUUAGUCUUCAUAGAUAAGCACAAUGUAAAUCAGGUUUUUUGGUAGGUUCCCCCCCGCCCAGACUCCCAGUUCUGCUUAGUGGCAGAAAAAAAUUCUUUUUACGAGUAUGGGUCACCAUGAAAUCUGCUGACUUUAAUCAUCCACAUAAAAUCAGUACCAAGAGUUUUCAUCUAACAUGCUUUCAAACUUUUGUGUCUUGAACAAAUUAGAAUGCUAGUAUUUAUUAUCCAACAUACUAAUUGUAUUUAAUAGUAAGAAAACAUAAGCAAUGAUUUUUUUAAAAGGGAGUUAGAAAGUGUUUGGUUUUCUUUUGCAAUGUACAGAGUUUUCAUAUGCAUGAGCAUUUGUGCUACUUUAGACUUUUUUUUUUAAUUAAGAAAGUUGAAAAGCAUCCAGGCUCCCAAAGUUCAUUUGUAAAUAGUGGCUUGGACUCUAUAUAAAAUGAUUAGAUUCCUAGGGAAGCUCAUAAAAGUGUAUUUAAACCAUAAUGUAGUUAACUGCUGUUAUCCUGAGAUUUCAGUUUUCUUAAGGAAACCAGUCAAUGUAAGAGAAAAAAAGAGAUCUUUACUUUUUUCUGUGUUGAGGAAGGUUAAGUUCUGUUGUUUCCCAGUGGCUCUUUUACAGUUUUAAACUCUCUGGUGUAAUGCUGCACAAACAAGCUUGUCUUUCCCCCUCCUGGAUGCUCUAUCUCUCAAAUUUUCCCAUCUCCUCUAAACAGAAAUUAUGUUUGUGUCGUUAUCUGUUGGCUAGAUUUAAGAGAAAAACAUUUUUCUGCUCAUAUGAGUGAAGAUAAUGGAGAAAAUGACUUAAUGUUUUAAAAAAACAAAUCUUCAAAAUGAAUCUUUAAUAUUACCAUUUUAGACUGUAUGACCACAUUUCAGGCAUCAGGGAAAACAGUAUUUUUAGCAAAUUAACUGGUAUUGUCUUAAGACUAUUUCUAAUAUCUUUAGGUUGUUUUGCCUUUUCACAAUUUGCUGUCCUCUAAUUCUGAACUCGAAAGAUUUCCUCAUUUUCAAAUCUGAAACUUUCCCUUUCUUUUUUUCAUUUAUCCAGUAGAGCAGUUAAAAAGUCACAACUGCGUUUUCGAGCUUUUGGUAGAGAGAGGUUUGCAGGCAUCUCUGGAGUGAGCAGGCUAGGGAUAACAAUAACAUCUUCCAAGACAAGUGGUUAAAGGGAAAUGAAAGGAAGAAAAUGGCCAUGUGUGUGCCAGGCAUUAACACAUCCCAAACUGCCUGUGCUUAUUAAAAACUUUAAAUGAAAUCCAAUGGAUAAGAUUCAUCUUUGUCAUAUUUUAUCAAUAAUACAUUUACUUGCAAUUAUAUUAAAACUUACUCUAAAUAUUGGUACCUUUCUUAUUCUGUAGAUAAUAUAGAUGAUGUUGCUUGUUAGUUAAAAUGUUAUCUUUUAUAAAAGAAAGUCCUGCUUCUUAUCAUGAUGUAUGUGACUUAAAUGAUUGUUUCAUAUUAAAACUAUUUCUUCCUUAUGUACUGUUUACAUAUACCUCUUUUUGGGAUAUUAGUUCAGUACUUUUAUACAAAUCUGAAUGUGUUCCACAUUGGUGACAUGUAUUUUUGCAGUAAUUUUUGUUUUGUUCUUAGAGCAUGUCUAAAGUUAUACAUGCACUAGUGCUGUGGUCUGUGACAAAAUUACUGUAAUUCAAAUUGGAAAACAAAAUGUUUCCAGACUUUGUCCACCACUUAUUCCUAUGGCAAAGGAAAUUACUAUGUAAUACUAAUUACUUCUUAUGCUGGUAUGUUUUAAGCUACUCUAUGAAGUAUGUGAAACAUCAAUAUUUAUGGAUUAGUAGAUGGUCUGAUGUCUUUGAAAUGUGAGAGAGGAGUAAAAUUGGUGUUAGCAAUUUAUGAUACUCAUAAAACACUAAAAUUUGUAUAAAAUUUUAAAUUUGAUCUUCUAUAGAUAUGAUUUACCAAGAAAUUAACUGACAGUGCUUAUUAAUAUUCUUUUAGCCCAUGCUACUAAAAUUAUACCAUAGACAUUGAACUUAAGCAAAUAUCUCCCAACCAAAAGUAGUAUCAUUCUCUCCACCAUGACCAAAAUAAGUAGUAAAACUAAUCUUCACUUAUUAAAGAAGUGAUUAAGAUACCAUAAAACUCCUCUACUUUACUUGGAAUUUGUACUGUUGAUACAAAGACUUGAAUGCAGUUUACUUUGUAUUAUCUGAUGGGAAGACUUAUUAAUAAAAGUCAUAAUCAAGAUUUAAAAAUGUUUAAUUUUGAAGGCAAAUUAAAAACGUUUUUAAAUUUUAGAGGCAUUUAUUUAAGAAAAUUAGUUUUAAAUCAUUCUUAUUUUGUCAUAAAAACAACCAAAAGAAUUGUAAUAGAUGAUACUUGGCCAGUGCACGUUUGUAUAUUUGAAAUCACAUGCUUGAAAGAAAAAAACCCUGCUCCUGAGUGCUUAAACUGCAUAUCUUUUAAAAAUGUUAAAGAUAUUAGACUUUUAUCAAUUCAAACUGUCCUGAAUGAAUGUUUUACUACACCAGUGAGUAUGUUAGAAAAUAAAUGUAUACCUAUAUUAUGUUAAUAACAUUUCUGUACAGCAUCAUAUUUGGCAUGGUGGUUGUGGUAUGUUUUGUACUUUUGAUUGUCAACUUUUGAUAGGAUUAAUAUAGCAAUAAAUCUGACUUAGUCUUAAUAUUUUUUUAAAAUGCCAGGUAACAUACUGUGUCAUAAUCUCAUUAUAUUUUACUUGAGUGCCCAUAUUUUCAUAGGUCUAUUUUUUUGUGUUAAAAAUUUUAAUAUUACAUGUUAGGGGUUGUGUGUGUGUGUGUGUGUAAUACUUUUACAUACAAUCUUUUAGAACUGGGUGUUUCUAUUUUAAUUAUAGAGAUUUAAAGAAGUAUUAGUAUUAAAUGAUCAUGAACUGUUUUGUGGCAAAGUUUAAGUAUGAGAUUACUAGAUCACUCCAAAUUCCUUAUUAUCCUUAAGUGAUAUAUAUAUAUAUAUAUAUAUAUAUAUUACAAUUUUCAAAGAAAUAAAAUUAUCUUGGUAACUGAUAGAUUAUAGUAAAUCAUGAGGUAGUUUGUUUAAAGGCUUCCAAGUGUUAAUUACAUUCUCUGUCCUAAAUACUUUUAAACAAUUACUCUAAAUAGUAGUAAGCCAGUUCAAUUUUAUAUUUUUGAGAUGUUUAACUCUUACAGUUUCUCCCUUCUGAUCCUUUUCCCUUCUUCCCUAAACACCAUGCUAGAAUUUAAAACUGGAUUUUACUUUGCCUUCCACUUUUCAAUUUUUUAGUCUAAAGUAAUAAAACAAAUAAAGGUUCCACUGUCAAGACAGUUCAUGUUAUUGUUGGCCAUUCUUUUCAGGGAUAAUGCUAAUGUCAUUUGUGCAUUGUACAAAGAAUGUCAGUAUAUAGACCUAUUAUUGGUAGAAAUGAUGUAUAGCAGGCUUUCUUGAAUAAUGUGUAUGGUAAGUUUGUUUCCUAUAGUGUUAUUAUGCUGAAGAUUCUUUUAAAUAAAGCUAGUUUUUAAAGAGAAAAA